AUGGCGCAGAAACCUCUCAGCACCGCUGCGGCCGAGCGCAUGAACCUCGUGGCCCAGGACGAGAUCUGGAAAUACCGCCUAAAGGCUGAAACUGAAGCACGGCAAAACUGGGCCCAGAACUGGGGAUUUUUAACAACCCCUCUCGAGGAGUUGCUCAAGGGUGAAGAAAACCCCCCCACCCCAAAGCCCAAAAUCGAGCUUCCCGAGCAGUUCCGCAUCCGGCCCGUGACCCCAGUGGAGAAAUACAUCAAGAUCCUUCCAUCCCCCCCAAUCCCGAAGACGACCCAGGGCUUCAUCGGCUGGAGAUCCGGGGUGCCUGGCCUGAACAAGUGUCUGGAGCACGAUUAUGAGAUCAGAAGCUGCAAGGGGGCAUAUGCCAAAGAGCUAGGCUGGCCGAAGCAAGGCAUCCACUGAGUCCAGACAGACUGCAGGCCCUGGGCAAGAGCGGGUUGACCCGACCACCAGGCACCCAGUGUCCAUGCCCAGGAAGGGGGGCACUCCCCCAGCAGAUGGGGUUCCCCUCCACAUUUGCUCAGUGGAUGUUGCAAAGAACAUGAAAUAGCCCUUUGACUUUUUCAGUUCAUCAGCCCUCCCUUCCAGAACAUUCUCAUCACACACUCAUUCUUGGUUAAUGUAAUGAAUAAGGCAAAAUAGAUGCUCUGAUUUUUUUUUUUUUUAUACUUUGGGAAUUCUAAGUAUGGCUUUUUAAAAAACAACGUGAUUUUAUUUUAAAAACAAAAUUUUGUCUAGGUCUUUAAUAUUGCUUUCGAUCCUGUACCUCUCACCACCUGUUUAUGAGAUUG